AUGUUACUGUAUACUAAACUCGCCCCGCCAAAGGCUCCCAAGAGACGAUCCAGAUCAGGAUGUACUUAUUGCAAAGAAAAGAAAAAGAAAUGCGACGAAUCCCGCCCGCAGUGCUCUCGAUGCGCCGAGCGUGGCCAGGAAUGCUCUUACGAACCAGUCAAGCCUCGACAACGCAAGAAGCGUGAUUCCAUUGCCGGUUUCGGUUCUGACACAGCAUCUUUCACGAGCGGAAGCGCCCUCAUUCGACGAUAUUCAGCACCCGAUGCGGCCAUUAGACAUUGGAAGGAGGAGGCUCUUGACGACGAAGACGAUGGAGCGGUGGAGGAGGCCAUUCUAGAGGAACCGGAAGACAGUGCCGACCCGCUGGCCUACGACUUCAAGAAGAUGUUUGGUCUGCAUCAGGACAAGGACGACGCUCCGCUGAUCUCUCCGGUGGAUUCUGUCGCUUUCAAUCUUUCAUUGGAAGAUGCAGACGAGGAGAUUAUUCGCCGUCGCUCCGUGCAGCAGGAUGCAAUUCAAAAUCUUGCAGUCACACGAGCUCAGCGCCACCCGGACCUGGCCAUGAUAGCGCCUGUCCCAGUGGCAUCGCCGCGUCUCGAGUUCCUGUUCCCGACGUUCUCCGAGUUCUCGGAACGGCCAAACCGUCGAGCGUUAGUUGAUCACUUUACCAACGUCAUGUCACACCUCAUAGUCCUGCGAGAGACGGAAGCCGGAAACCCGUUCCAGCAACUUGUGCUGCCGCUGUGCCACCGGAGCAAGACCGUCACAAACGCUAUCUACGCACUCGCGAGUGCGCAUUUGGAGAACAGAGGCUGCGGUCACACGGAAGAAAAGGCGGUCUAUUUCCACAACCAAGCCAUCCAAGGCCUGGCUCGGUUGAUUGAACUCGGCGGGGAAGCAAACAAGAACGAGCUUUUGGCCACGAUCAUGUUGCUCGUCUAUUAUGAAGUACUCGUGCAACAAGGCCGGUCCAAUAUUGUUGAUGGUCAUCUCAAAGGUGCCAUUGCAAUUAUGAGCGGUAGCAGUGACAACACCGACCCGACCACCGCUUUCCUCGAACGCGCAUUCCGUUUCUACGACGUUAUUGCUGCGCUUUCCUUUGGCACAGCUCCCCUCUCCACUGCACCAGCGACAGGAUGCCUUAUCCCUUUCCCACCGGUUGAUUCUCCUACCACUUCGCCUCUCAACUCUGUCGAUACGUUGCUGGGCUUCUCUACAACGCUUUGGCCUAUUAUCCAUCGCCUCUCGAACCUUCUCGCCCUCAAGACCGAGCUCCAGACAGCCAUUACCAACGGCCAGCUCACAAAGGUCGCCGUCUUGCGCUCCGAAUUCGAGACCACUUCGGACGCAAUUGAGCACGCACUCAAGCAGUGGCAGCCCAGCUUUCCUCCGGGUUUCUCACCAGACACGAUGGACGACCUGAGCUCAGAUGAGCCUGAUGUCGUUUCUGAGCGCGCACGCCUGCAUUCGAUUCUCAACAAUGCCCUCGCUUACCGCCACUCUGCGUUUGUUUAUCUCUACCGCAGCAUCUACGGAUACCCGAGACAGCAUCAUCUUGUUCAGCACCACACGCAUACGGCACUCAGCCAUUGUGCUGCAACAGUCAAUCACGCCGGACCCAUGGCGGCUCUUUUGUGGCCACUGUUUGUGGCAGCAUGCGAAGCCAUCAGCCCGAGCGACCGACAAUUAGCCCGGCAGGCUUUUGUGGCUGUUGAACGCCGGCAGGGCAUGACGAACAUUCAGCGCGCGUGGACAAUUGCGCAAGAGGUCUGGAGGCGGGCAGACAUGAUUGACGACCAUGCCGCGUACGAGGAUCAUGCUAUUGGAAUGUCUACACCUGGCCAACGGCUCGGUAAAGGGGCUGACUUGUGGAGACGUGUUAGCGAGGACAUGGGCGUCACGAUUGUCUUUGGGUAG